AUGGCGAAGGCCGCCCGCUGCCUCGCGCGCGCCACGGGCCUCGCCGCCGCCGCCGGCGACAGGCCGCGGAAGCGGCUCGCCCUGACCCUGGUGGACUGCCUGGCGCGGUGCCUCCUCCGCCCCGUCCCGGCCAUCACCGACGCGCUCAUCGACCCCUGGAGCUACCUCGACCGCCGCUCCGUCAGGGCGGCCCGCCUCGGGUUCUUUGAACUCAGCCCCUUCCCCAAGGUGGCGUUCGUCGUCGGCAACCGCGCCAUCGUCGAGGCGGUGGAGAACGAGACAUCUGUGCACGUCGUCGGUAUGUCAGGUCCAGCUACCCAGCCAUGCCAGUGGAUCCAGCUCCUGCACGAGCUUCGCCGUCGCCCGGGACGCCCGCCGCAUGUUGUUCGGCUCACUGUCAUCCAUGACGAUGAGGAGCUUCUAGCCAAGAUGGCAGAGUUGCUUCACGACGAGGCCGAAGAGCUCGACAUGGAAUUCCAAUUCCAUGGCGUCGUUGGCCAGCUUGAGGACCUGGACUUCGGUAACCUUCACAAUGUCCUUGAAAUAAAAUCCGGCGAGGCGCUCGCCGUCAGCUGCACUCUGCAACUGCAUCGUCUCCUCGCUGCUGAGGACGACGCGACGUACAGCUCUCGCUCUGCCCAUCUCAACCAAAUGGCGAGCAUCGCGCAGCUCCAGCACAUGGCGGCGGCGAGGUCGCGCCCGCCGAGUAGCGGCAGCGACGGCGGCAGCGUGCAGUACAAAGACGACGACGAUUCUUUCCAAAGCCCCGGAACGCCGCUGGCAUUCGUGUCGCCGCCGGCGUCCACCCCUCACUUCCAUACGCCGGCGCCGCUGGCGAGCUUCCUGUCCGCGGUGCGCGCGCUCUCCCCAAAGAUCGUCGUCGUGGCGGAGCAGGACGCGGACCACAACGGCGCCUCCUUCCGGAAGCGCUUCUGCGAGGCGCUCCACCACUACGCCGCCGUGUUCGACAACCUCGACGCCGCGGCCGCCACCUCGUCCUCUCACCACCGGCCGCCCGAAGAGCGGGCGCAGGUGGAACGCGUGGUGGUGGGCGAGGAGAUCAGGGGCGUGCUGCUGCGGGAGGGCGCGCACCGGCGCGAGCGGCACGACCGGCUGCGGCAUUGGGCGGCGCGCAUGGAGAUGGCCGGGUUCACGGGCGUCCCGCUGAGCUACGACGCCAUCAGGCGCGGGAACGACAUGCUGCGGCGGUGUGGACUGCGACCCGGCGAGAACAAGGAAUGCAGCGGCUGCCUCCUCCUGUGCUUGAGCUCGAGGCCUCUCUACUCGGUGUCCGCAUGGCGGCCGGCGGCGAGCAGAGCGUCGGUGUCAGGUUCUGAGAGAAGCGAUAGCGAGUGCAUGUCAGUGCCCAGCCAGUGCUACAUCACUCCGGACUCCGCUACAUAA